AUGAAGGCUUCAAUCAUUCCCCAAUCUCUGCUCUUCAUGGCCUCCGGUGUCGCUGCCGCCGGCCGCUACUGCUCAUGGCCCCUCGAACGUAAUAUCGAGAGCGUCACUCCCAUCUGGACUGAGCCGCAGCUUGUGGCCGGCGUUUUUGUUGGCCCUUCCUCGACCACUGGCACCAUCGCUGCCGGCUACGUGUACACCUCGUCGUGGACCAUCACUGGUGGUGUGUCUGGUACCGCUGGCUUGGCUGGCAUUGCAAAUAUCGGUGUCUCGUCGUCUUACGGUGUGACAACUGCCAAGGGUACCUCCUUGACCGUCAGUAUUGCGUGCCCGGCCAACGUGCGUUGCGGCAUCACGGCCUCCACCUACGUCCUCGAGAUCAAUGGUACCGAGACCAUCUACCGGUGCGGCAGCAAGAACAUGUACGACACGUCCUACCCUUGCUCCGACACGGCCGACUCCCACUGCCCGACGACAUUCUGGAACACCACUGACGGCGCGGUGAAACCCUUCACUGCUUACCUGCCGCUGGCCAAGAGCAAGUCAAAUGUCGACCAGCUUCUUGCCGUCAACUACAACGCUUGCACGGCAGGCACGCCUUACGAUGGAAUCAAGCCCUGCCCGGGAUACUAA